AAACAGCCCAUCAAAAUGUUUUCCAAAACUAACCUUUUUCUUUGCGUUUCUUUGGCUAUUUUGCUAAUAGUAAUAUCCUCACAAGCUGAUGCAAGGGAGAUGUCUAAGGCGCCUGCUACAAUAACCCAAGCAAUGAAGAUGGGUGCAGGAAUCAACGGCGUCGGCAAAGGCGUCGGCAAAGCCGUUGGCAAAGCUGUUGGCAAAGUCGCCGGCAAAGCUUGUAAAAUUUGCUCAUGUAAAUACAAGAUUUGCAGCAAAUGUCCUAAAUGUCAUGACUAAAGUUAGGCCUCAGAGACUAUGUACUUGUGCUGGUGUGAGUUUAGUUUUGAGAAUAAAGGGAAAGCUAUGAAUAGCCUAAUUAUAUAAUUCUAUUCACUUUGUUUUGUUAGUAGUUGUUAUUGUUGCAACUUGCAACAAGUCUUUGGGUCAAAAUGUACCUCUUGUCUUGUAGUCUUUCAACUAUAUAGUAUCGUACUGUACUGUAUUUUGUCUUUAGCCACUUGAUAUUUGAAACCAAAUCCGAUUUAAUUUAA